AUAUACCGCGGCCCAGAAUCCCUUCGGAAAACUAAACAACGGUUCACAACAAAAGAACACAAAUAGGGCGAUGGCCGACGUAAAUUUAGCUAGCUCAAGUGAUGUCGUCAUCGAAUCAAGAGAUUCUAUCGAAACAGGAAACGAAGCUUUCGAACCAGCUUCAAAAAAGCAGCGUAAAGAAGAAAAUAACGUUGAGAAAACUAAAAACGCAGAUGAAAGAUUAGAAACUCGACUAGGGGGCAUUUUGUGUUGUUCCGUGUGCCUGGAUCUGCCUUCGAGCGCAGUAUAUCAAUGCUCUAAUGGACAUUUGUCAUGUGUUGGUUGCUUUAACCAUCUGCUAGCAGAUGCUCGUAUGAGAGAUGAGACUGCAACAUGCCCCAACUGCCGCACAGAAAUCAGUAAAACUUUGUCCUCCAGAAAUUUGGCUGUUGAAAAAGCUGUUUCUGAGCUUCCAGCACAAUGCCGCUAUUGUUCAAAUGAAUACUCUAGAAACACUGUUGAGAAACACGAAAAGGAACUGUGUGAGGAAAGGACAACUAUGUGCAAAUUUAGUCGGAUUGGUUGUCAGUGGCGUGGUCCAUUCCACGAAGUCGUGGUUCAUGAAUCUGUCUGUGUUCACCCACACAGAAGUGGUGGUGAGCUAAUGGAAUAUCUUCUCAAUAUGGAUGGAAAUCACCAGGAAGAGAAAAAACUCUAUGGAACUUUGUUUGAUUUGCUAUCAUUCGAAAAAAUUGCAUUCAGUGACGUUCAGUUAAAACCGUAUCGAACUGACGAGUUCAUUCAUAAAUUGUACUAUGAAACCAGCCGGUUUUAUGCCUUCAGCCACCAGUGGGUAAUCAAAGCACGCAUCAACGCAGACCAAAAGGAUCCUACUCAAUCAUCGGAACGUGGAAUAAGUUAUCAGCAGCCAAAUGUUGAAGGAGCAGAGAGACAACACAAGAAGAAAACCUUCACUUUGAAAGGGAAGAAGAAGAAGAGAAAAAAAGAAGGCCAACAAUAACACAGAGUGCAGACACAAAAAAUAACAGAGAGAGAGGAACCCCCGAAUUCCCCCCUCAUCCAUUGUUGAGUUUUGUUAAAUGCAACACGAAGAAGAAGAAGAAGAGAAAAAAAAAUUGUGUUCUAGUCUAGUAAUUCCACGUGGAUGACUCCGUCCGUUCGUGGCCGUGAGCCGACACACACACACACAGCACUCACAUAAGAGGUCAUCUUUCUUGGCCGGUUUUUUUUUCUUUUUCUCCUCUCUGUUAGAUCCUAGGAAGUGAGAGGCUCUUUGCUGUUACCUAGGGCUGGCUUUCUACGAUUAUUCGGUUGGGUGGAUUAUUUUAUUUUCGCGAAUUUUUUUUUUCUCCGUUCAAGCGCGUUAUUGUGUGUGUGAUCGAAUAACUGGACAUCGAUUUGCGAAAUCAGCUUAUAAAAAUUACCAUUCUAAAAAACCUUUACCUAGCUAGUACUAUAAAUAUAUAUGUCGAUAUAAGCUGUUUGCGAAAUCUUCUACCUCUUCUGAAUAAGAAAGCUUUGGUCCAACCGGAAAGGUGGUCUUACACCUAUAUUAUAGGAUGACAUGUCUUCAAAAGAGUCUAAGUCGUCCAGCGUUUGUGCUGCAAUGUGCAUAAAGUCCUUUGGUCCAUUGACGCGCCUUAUGCAUAAGAAAUGAGGUAUACCAUAUAGUAAUGUAUGCAAGUCCACUUCAUUUGUUUCCGUCCCUCUGGUGCUGCAUAUUAUUGUGUGUGCUGUAUUCUCGACUUGUCAUAUGCUAUAAGACACGUUUCCUUUAUUUCUGUCUCCACCCGCUGUAUUACAGCUCGUGUGUUUCAAGUCUUUCCUGUCCUCCGUGUUUUUUGCUCAGUUUUACGUGACGGGCUUCUUCUUCUGUCGGAAUGUUUCAUCGUAAGCUUUCCCUGCUGCAACGGAAGGGGCCGCCAAAUGAAGAAUAUUAGAGAGAACAGAGGAAAGGACGCGGAGGAUCAUAGAAAGCUUUUGAUCCGUUCAGAUUGAUGCGCAUUUCAAAUGGUGCAGGGCUCUCUCUCUCUCCACUCUGCUUGGUCUUUGUGUCUCUCAGACUGUCCGUCUGUCCGUCCGCCCGUCCGUCCGUCGUCCCCCUCUCGGUGGAAAUGCGUCGUCGUUCUUCCACUCAUCUCGUUCCUCCCUUUUCCCUAGACUGAUGCCGCUACUUCAAUUAGUACGUGUGUAUACCCCAACAUUCCUUUUCUUUCCCUUACCAAUUUGUUUCCUUCUUCUCCUUCUAGUUUGGGGUAAUUCGUUUCAAUCGUUUCAUCUCGUUGAAGACUUUUUUUUUCUCUCUCGUCGGUCGAAAGGAAACGAACUGCCCGACAAAGAGUAGAGUGAAGAAAAAAAGUGGAAAUAAUAUGGCUAGUUUCCUCUUGUGCUUCUUGAAAGACGGCCAACUGGACGCGACAGCCCUCUCCCCUCCCCCGUCCCAUUUCGAUGACUUUUUACGAGCAGCCAAAAGAAGAAGAAGAAAAAAAAGCUGCAAAUUACGAGCGAAAUAUGCGCACCAGCGGAAGGAGCGAUUUUAGAAAGGACCGGCCCCCAGCCGGCCAAAAAUAAGUCAAUACAAUAUCGGUUUAUAUGCUUUCAUUUCUGCUGUGACAUCAGCCGCCCUGUGAAGUGGGAGAAAAUAUUUAUCGUAUAAUAUUCGCUUAGUUGUUCAAAAAAGGGAACAAAUGUUGAGCACUAUACACAAGAUUUCCGACAGAUUUCUUCCUGAA